GGUUAUAAAGGCCUGAUUGUCCUGCGAGACGCCUCACUUGCACAUUACACAACCACUCGCUAAAAACUUGGGGACACAUCGAGCGGAAUACCAAGAUGAAGGUUGCUGUAGCGAUCCUGGUUUGCGUAGUUAUUCAACAAGCAUGUGGAUUCUCGUUCCCGUCCUUCGAAACCGGCAACGAAGCUCUUGAGAAAAUCAAAGAAGCUGGAAGGGAGAUAAUAGCGAAGGCGAGCAAAAAUGUCGAAGAAAUUCAAGAAACCGUGGAAGAGAAGCUACAACCAACCGAAAAGGUGAAAAAAAUGUGGAAAGAGAUCGAAGAAAAGAUCGAAGAAAAGGUCAACAAUCAGAAGGAAGAGUGGAAGGAGCGAAAGAAGCAGAUGAAAGAAAUGUACAAGGAACUUAAAAACAAAGCUGGUGAGAACAAAGACGAACUGGUCAAAAUGUGGAAGGAAAACAAAGGUACCUGGCGCCAACAAGCUGAAGAGAAAUGGCAGUCGUUUAAGAGCAUGACAGCGGAAAACCUUGAGCAGUUCAAACGGGAGAUUGACAGCCUCGAGGAAAGACUGGACGCUACUGCUCCCGAAAAACCUUGGAAGAAAAUUAAGGAUAUUCGCGCGGGGGUGAAGUCCCUUAUCAUAGAAAUGAAAGAAGCCUUCCAAGUGAAACUGCGCGAACUGAAAGAGAAAGCAGAAGAAUUAGGACCCGGCACAGAAGAGGAACUGUCAGCGGAAGAAAGCGAAGAAGCGUCAGAGGCGACUUUCACUGAUGAGCUAAUUACUGAUGGACCUUUCACUGACGAAUUUGCCCCGACGAUCUCGAUUACCACCGAGCCCGAAGAACUACCGAGCACACCCGACGUUACCACGGACCAGCUCGAGCCAACUGAGAUGCUAUCAACGCCUACCACAGAGGUACUGCCCACGGAGUACCCCGACGAGGAAUGGAAUCAAGAAGUGGUAAAUGAUGAGGCGCAGACUGGUGAAGAAUCGGAAGAAGAGGAAGGUGAGGACGAAGUGCCAGUGGCAGGAGCAGUCGAAGAGGAGGAUGACGAUGAUGAGGAAGAGGAGGAGGGGGAUGAAGAAGAGGCUCCCGUAUCGGAAGAGGAGUCCUCCCGGAUUAAUAUACUCUCCCGCCUCAUGUCGGAACGAAGAAACCAGAAGAUGAAGCACUGGAUGAAGCGAGGAAAAGCCAUGAAAAGCAAGCUCAAAAGUGUGAUGAAAAAUUGGUUCAAUAAGCGAAGGGGAGAUCAGAAUUAGAUCCAUAAGAGUCUUCCGCUCUAUUUUGUUUUAUUCCUUAAGCAUUGAUUCGCUUAGUAGAGAUCGUCUAAAAAAUGCUUUUAUUAAUAUCGUGGUCAAGUUCUUAUGUAUGUUUGAAAUUUUCACGUAGAUGUCAAACUUUUAACUGUAGUUAUUACGUUUCAAAAAUUUGAUAAGCUCGCUGAUUUAUUUUUAUUUUUAAGCUAUUUGGAUGCCAUAACAAAAGCUCAAAUUACUGAUUCGCGAUAAAUUCAAUUGAAUAAGUACUUCUGUAGUCGCGGCUAUGAGCGCUAUUUUUGACCUAUGCUCUUAGAAGCAAGCCAAUGCUAUCGAAGUCUUUCAUAGCACGACUAAUCACAAAUAUCACCUCAGUGCAGAAGAUAUAUUUCAUUUCACCAUAGAGAUUUGCUGAUUUAUUUGUAACAAAUUUGUUGUAGGGGACUCAUUAAUUUUUGUGUGUUGGUUUGUCAGAAGUUAUGUCAAAGUUUGUUGAAUCAAAUAAAAACGUUUGAGAGGCAA